GGCCCGGCGGGGCACCAGGGACCGCGGUGGCCCGAGCACAGCCAGAGGAGGCGGAGGGCGCCCGCCGUGCAGCGCAGCUCGCAUCUGCGGCCGCGCGAUCCACUUCCCGCGCCGAUUCCCCCGCGUGCGUCCGUCUCUCCGCGGAGCCGGCUGGAGGCCCCGGGCUCUGGGCGCUGUAUGGGAGGCCAAACCAGACCGAUGGCGGCGGCGGCGGCGGCGGCCCUGUCGGGCCUGGCGGUGCGGCUGUCUCGCUCGGCCGCGGCCCGCGGCUCGUACGGCGCCUUCUGCAAAGGGCUCACACGCACGCUGAUCACCUUCUUCGACCUGGCCUGGCGGCUGCGCGUGAACUUCCCCUACUUCUACGUCGUGGCUUCAGUGAUUCUCAACGUGCGCCUGCAGGUACAUAUUUAGAGCAACUAACUCUGUGGCAUUGGGGGGUGCCCAGCAGGAUGGCUGACCUCCACCCACCAGUUCAGCCGCCCUAGAGCAAAGCGACCAGCUCGCCUCGCGCACACGGACUUGCCGGCCUGUCUUGCCAUUGCCCCAUCUUUUCAUAUAAAUGCGCGGCUAGAAGUCAAUUGCGGGAAGCCUGCAAUGUAACCAAAAAAGCCUAAGAUGUAAUGAAAAGUUGAAUCUCAAGGAAAUAGCUAAUUCAAAGAACAGAACCUAAAAAUCUGCAAAUCCUCGGAAAUAUUUGAGAAGUUCUUGCAUCUGUAAAACAAAAGACAGCACGGAAGGUAGGGAAAUGACAAUAAGCACAGGAUGCCC